AUGGGCAUUGGCCUGCUGCAACAGCAGCAGCCGAGCACCACCGAGUCCGACGGAGAGGGACCGCCCAGGGUGGACUUCGCGGACAACACGAUAAAAAGCCUUGAUGAGAAAUUGCGCAAUUUACUUUACCAGGAAUAUGUUCCUACUUCUUCUGCAUCAGCAGGGACUCCAGAUACCUCUGUCCCAUUAGAACAGGGCGACACUGAAUUUAACUUGCCACCUUUUCUCGAAGAUCAAGUUCCCGUGUUGGCGUUGGAUUUGAGAGAACCAGGCCAUAGUGUUGCAGAUACUGCCAAGGAGGUGAAAGCUGCUGCUGAGGCCCAGCUGGUGCCACUCAGACCACCUGAGAUCUCAUCCUACCCAAUACUGUUUGAAAAGUCAGAGGUCACUGGCAUCAGUACUCAUUCUUCAGAAGCAAGAGGUGGGUCGGCAAGCAGAAAAGCUGUCCAGCCUGUCCAGGUCCCUCUGGAUAGCUGCACGGCCUUCUGGUGUGUCAGCCACUCUUCCCAGUUUGAUAUCAUCAACAAAUUUGCAGACGGUGCACUCCAGCCCUUCAUCCAGGUCAUCAAGAACACCUUAGUUGCACCUACAUCUUUAAGCAUAACUAAACGGAUGGAAACUUCUCACAAGAGCGAGAAUGCAAAGUCUAUGACUUCUUCUGCACAUGCAGAUAAUGUAAUGCAAAUAUCUACAGCAGAUGGGGUGAUAAAUAACCUUCAAAGGGAUGACUCUGUAGACUCUGGUUCCUAUGGAAAACAGGCUGAAACUCAUGACAGCGGUACACCAGCCAAAACUAUUGGCAGGUUUUCAGUAAUCAGCACACGAGAUGAAUUAACUUUAACAGCGCCACACUGCUUGAGGUUCUCGGCACCCCCAGACGUUUAUUUGGAUGAGCUACCUUCCAGCCCUGAUCUGAAGACAGCUGUCCGACGGGUGCAGACAGCCUCUUCUGUUGAUGUCCUCUGUGACCAGGGUUCGAGCGAUUCUGCUGAUGAGCCUUUCCAUCGCCAGUCGCUGCCCCCCCCAAGCAGCAGUCCAGCCACUGACUUAAUUAAAAAAGCAGCUGCUUUUCUGCAAAGAUCUGGCAAAGCUAGCUCACCAGGCCUCGAUUCACCCAAUGGACAUGGAUCAAAAAUUCCCACCAUCAACAUAACAUCUUUCCACUCCCAGUCAUCAUACAUGAGCAGUGACAAUGACUCGGAAUUUGAGGACGCAGAUAUGAAGAAAGAACUGCAGAACCUGAGAGAAAAGCAUAUGAAAGAAAUUGCUGAACUUCAGACUCAGCAGAAGAAUGAGAUAGAGGCACUGUAUAUUCGGUUAGGGAAACCUCUUCCUCCCAACCUGGGGUUCCUUCACUCAGCCCCACCAAGCAGCCGUCGCCGGAGAACGAGCAAAAACAAACUGAAAGGUGGAAAACUAUUAAACCCUCUGGUCCAGCAGCUCAGGAGCGGAACGUCGAGCACAAGUAAUGUUUCAGAUGCUAAAGAUUCACCCCACAAAGAAACAACUAAAACUCAGCCUGGAUCUCCUGAAGCAACAGCAGUAACUUCUUCUGCAUCAGCCACCUUUGGGAAGGCUGUUCAGACACAGCAGCCGUGCUCUGUCAAAGCCUCUUUGUCUUCUGACAUCUGCUCUGGCUUAGGCCCUGAAGGAGGUGACGUGAAUGCAAGCUCUGGCCAAGGCUGGACGGUUUUCCACCAAACGUCUGAGAGAGUGACCUAUAAAUCUAGUAGCAAACCUCGUACCAGAUUCCUCAGUGGACCUGUGUCUUUGUCCAUCUGGUCCACCUUGAAACGACUAUGUCUAGGCAAAGAUCACAGUAGUAGAUCCUCAACAAACAGCCUGGUAACAUGUGCUGAGCCCCUCCCACAAUCAACCCUGCAGGUUCAGGCCAACAACAGUAACAACAAGAAAGGGACGUUCACAGAUGAUCUUCACAAGCUAGUUGACCAGUGGACAAGCAAAACUGUUGGAGCUGCACAAACAAAACCUUCCUUAAACCAACUGAAGCAGAACCAAAAAAGGCAAGACAUGGAGCCAAAGGCUAAUCCCAUGCAAACGCAGAAUGAGACAUGUGGA